CUCUCCCACUUCCACUCCCCCAGCCCAUCCUCGCCCUAGAAAAUCCCCACCAAAAGGGUGAGGGGAGAGCCGCCGGCCGCGGAAAGUCGAGUCAUGCGAAGUCUCCCCUGACGAGAAUGAGGAAAAAAAGCUGAGGCCUACUAUUUCUAGAUCGAUCCGAAAACCCAGCCCCCGAUCCGGCCAUGGCAUCCCGCCGGGUCCUCUCCUCCCUCCUCCGUUCCUCCGCCCGCCGCUCCCCGGCGUCCAAAUCCGCCUUCCCGGCUGCCCGGAGCCCUUCCACUUCCCCGAUCUCGCGCCCCUCCCCAGCCGGCUUCCUCCUCUCCCGCGCCGUCGAGUACGCGACCGCCGCGGCGGCGCAGGCCCCUCCGACCCCGCCGUCGCCGGUGAAGGCCGCCGGUGGCCACACCGGAAAGAUCACCGACGACUUCACCGGGGCCGGCGCGAUCGGGCACGUGUGCCAGGUGAUCGGUGCCGUCGUGGAUGUCCGGUUUGAUGCGGGGCUGCCGCCGAUCCUGACGGCUCUCGAGGUGCUUGACAACUCGAUCCGCUUGGUUCUGGAAGUCGCGCAGCAUCUCGGGGAGAACAUGGUGAGGACCAUCGCCAUGGAUGGGACGGAAGGGCUCGUCCGUGGUCAGAGGGUCCUGAACACCGGGUCUCCAAUCACCGUCCCAGUUGGGAGGGCAACCCUUGGACGCAUCAUAAAUGUUAUUGGUGAACCAAUCGAUGAGAAGGGUGAAAUAAAGACAAAUCACUUCCUUCCCAUCCAUCGCGAGGCACCUGCUUUUGUUGAGCAGGCGACUGAACAGCAGAUUCUUGUUACUGGAAUUAAGGUUGUUGAUCUUCUGGCUCCUUAUCAGAGGGGAGGAAAGAUCGGACUGUUUGGUGGUGCUGGUGUCGGGAAGACUGUACUUAUUAUGGAACUGAUCAACAAUGUUGCUAAAGCUCAUGGUGGCUUCUCUGUCUUUGCUGGUGUCGGAGAACGUACUCGUGAGGGCAAUGAUUUGUACAGAGAAAUGAUUGAGAGUGGUGUAAUUAAGCUUGGUGACAAGCAGGGUGAAAGCAAGUGUGCUCUUGUGUAUGGGCAAAUGAACGAGCCUCCAGGUGCUCGUGCGCGUGUUGGUUUGACUGGUUUGACAGUCGCUGAGCACUUCCGGGAUGCUGAAGGACAAGAUGUGCUUCUCUUCAUUGACAACAUUUUCCGGUUUACCCAGGCAAACUCUGAAGUGUCUGCGUUGCUUGGUCGUAUCCCAUCCGCUGUCGGUUACCAACCAACUUUGGCUACUGAUCUUGGAGGGCUGCAAGAACGUAUUACAACAACAAAGAAGGGUUCCAUUACCUCAGUGCAAGCUAUUUAUGUGCCUGCUGAUGACUUGACGGAUCCAGCUCCGGCAACGACCUUUGCCCAUCUUGAUGCUACAACUGUGUUGUCACGACAGAUUUCUGAGCUUGGUAUCUAUCCUGCUGUCGAUCCUCUAGACUCCACAUCUCGAAUGCUUUCACCACAUGUAUUAGGUGAAGAGCACUACAACACUGCUCGUGGUGUUCAGAAGGUUCUUCAGAAUUAUAAGAAUCUUCAAGAUAUUAUUGCAAUUUUGGGAAUGGAUGAGCUUAGUGAAGAUGAUAAAUUGACUGUGGCUCGUGCUCGAAAAAUUCAACGGUUCUUGAGCCAGCCUUUCCAUGUUGCUGAAGUGUUCACAGGUGCACCUGGAAAGUAUGUUGAAUUGAAAGAGAGUGUUAACAGCUUCCAGGGUGUUUUGGAUGGAAAGUAUGAUGACCUUCCUGAGCAAUCAUUUUACAUGGUUGGAGGCAUUGAGGAAGUCAUUGCCAAAGCUGAGAAAAUUGCCAAGGAGUCUGCCACAUGAUAGAGAUUUCUUUUUCUAUUUAAUAAUUAAACAUGGCAGCUGGUGAUAUCUGCAUCUAAAAAGGCUGUAUUUUUGUGGUCAAUAUUUAUAUGCUUUUUGUGCUUUGUUAAUAAUGGCUGGACUAGUGAUUUUUGGGAAAAGAGCAGGUGUACGGUGGUUUGAGAUCUUUUUUGCAGAAUAAAAAAUUCAGAAUUGUUUAGUUUCUUUCAUUAAGCUA